AUGAUGCUAAUAGUGAUCCUAUCAAUUUCUCAAUACGCAAAAGGUGAUAAUUAUCUUGCCCUUGCUCCAAUGAUCGAGAAAGGGCUUCUACCAAAUCCAGUGUCUUGUGUUAGAACGACAAUGACAAUUCCUAAUUGUGUAGAUGCAGUGAAACAAUUCAAGCUUAGAAAUAUCACAAGAGAUUGCUGCUCCGUUCUACUCGGUAUUACACAAGAUUGUUUUGGGAUUUUGUUUCCUAUGGGUUUUGUCUAUCGUGUUAUGAUUAAGAAUAUUUAA